UUGGCCAGCUAGCUGGGCAUCGAUCCAUCCCAUGCGCCAAGUGGAAGCAUAUAUAGUAGGGAGAGGGUGAGCCCUUGGGAGCGUCUCUGAAAUUAAUGUCAAAUAUCACACCACACAGCAGAGCUCGAGGGCUUAUUACUUGAGCGCUGGAGCGUAAUUAGGGCUCGCUCCAGCAAUUAAGGCGAGGAAGAUCAACCGAAGAACGAGCAUAUAUCAUGCUAGGGGGACAGCCGAUGAGGAUAUACUGCAAGGGGGAUACAGGCUUGAACAUGGCCGUCCGUGGCGACAAGGUGCUUCUCGUCCCUGCCGAUUCCAACGACGAGUCUCAGCACUGGUUCCAGGAGAGCGACGCCGUGGGGAAGCUGACCGACGACGAGGAGCGGCCGGCGUUCGCGCUGGUGAACAGAACCACGGGGCAGGCCAUCGUCGCGGAUAGAAGCAAGCAGCUCGGGCUGGCUCCCUACAGCGGCCAUGUCGCCGUCGAGGUCCCGAUGCUCUGGUCGCUGGGCCGCCCACUCGCCGCCGGCGACGACGACGACGGCGGCGGGUUCAGGGAGAUCAGAAUGCUCAGGGACGUCAGGUACACCCUCAACGGCAUCAACGGCCAUGUCAAGCCGGGCACCGUCGUCGGGAUCUACACGUCGGAGCCAGCUUCUGUUCAUGCCGUCUGGAAGAUUGCUCCCGUCGACCUCCUAGAGCCGCGGAUCAGCUAGUGCUACGAUGAUUAGUUAAUUACGGACUCUUUAAUUAUGAACUGAUGAUCUGGUGCAGUGCAGUAAUAAUGGAAGUUAACUUAUCCGUCUUGUUUUAAA